AUGCCUCGUCUCGUGCGCCGCCGUCCGCUGGCGGAGCGCAUUCAAUCCUACUUGAACCCGUGGGACUUCUUACUUUGGCUGUCGGAGGAGAUGGACGCCAGUGACUGGGAUCAACGGGAGAAAGAAUGGGCGUUGCCCACCGGCAUCAUGAUCAAUGUGGUCUUCUUGAUUGCGCGGGCAAAUAGCCGAUCCAGUGGUAGCAAGGCUAUCGACGAUGUGUUUGGAGAGGAGGAAGGCGUGCCUUGGCUCAGCUGGCUGGCCUCAUUCGUUGUUCAUUUACUGGCUCUGGGCUCGGCGGCGAAUGGCAUCUACACCUUCUAUCGCACACGACGUUACCGCAUGUUCGAGGCGCCGAUUGAUAAAACCCCGGCAACACCGUCUGCCCACCGCGUGCGAGUCGAUUCCAGUCCGAUGACCUCGUCCCCCCUGCGAUACCUUGCCAAUGCGAUGUCAACUGAAUCGGCUGAGUCGAGAGCCCACCCGGAUGCGCGCCGGGAUGUGUGGGAACUUGCCAUUUGGGACCCCCCGGCCUUCUGUCUGCGGCUAUUCUGCUUGUUUAGCCCUGGUCACGUCUUGGUUUAUUGGCUCUUCCUGCCGACUCAGCUCUCUGAUCCCCGCCCGAGCGUGACAAUCGUGACGACCAUCGUCUUGACAACCCUACUCUCGGUGCAGCUCUCGUUCAUGUCCUCUUUAUAUACACAGCAAGCGAAAGAUUCGAUGUUGGUGCACAAAGAAGUGUUGAAGGAAUACGACACCAAAUACGUUCACCCUCGGACACAGCCCUUGAUGCGGGAUGUCGGUACUCAGUUUUCAGAUGCAAGUAUCACACCAGCGGCUACCGAGACCAAAGACAACAAGGUCGAUGUGUACACCCCGACCUUUAUAAUUAACCGGGGCUUCAAGACCAGCCCUAACCCGAACUACGCCAGCCACGUCGAUCCCGAAGGAAUUUCCCCUAGACGACCAACAAGCACGUCUACUACAAGCUCCUCUUCGAUCUUCCAAGCCCAGCCAUCAUUGAACACCCCCAAUUUGUCUCGCGAUGCUUCCCCUCUUGUUAGAACCGGCAGCACCACCAUGCGACAGCCGCAAUUCCGACCCAAUUCGUCCCGUACAGGUGAUGGAGGGAGUCUUGGAGUUUAUUCGCAUGCCAACUCUCCAUUGAGGAAGUCGGCAACGACUGCAUUUGACCGCCGAGUGCAAAGCAACGGGGACUUUUUCUACAGGGAGCAAGGCACGAGUCCGCUGAAGCGACCACCCAGCCCGCUCAAACGAAGCAGCGUAGCGGCACCGUUGAACCCGGCCGGAGUCCAUAGACCAGGUAGCCUCAACAUCCGUCGCGACACGGGCCGGUUCUAA